AUGGAAUUAUUACAUUCAUUUGGUGUUGGAUCAUCAAGAUAUAUAUCAUGUAUCAAUGAUGAUGAUAAUAAUAAUGAAUUUGAAAUAACACUUGCUAUUGGACCGUCGGUUUGCAAAUGGGAUAUAAAAAGAGGUAGACAAUUAUUAUUUAAACAGUUACAUUCAGAUGUUAUUACUUGUUUAGUUCGUUUGUCAAAUAGCUAUUAUAUCAGCGCAUCUUACUCUGGUGAUGUCGCUAUCUACAACCAUCAAUGGCAGUCGCUGGUCGAGUUCAAGCUACCUCUUAGAGAAGAUAUACCUAACGAUUGUAUAAAGAUAAUGCAUCUCUCUUAUUGGAUAGAUCCAAACGAUAGUAAUCUUAUUUACGUUGGACUAUCGAGUGAGCAUGGAAAUUGUCGUGUCUAUAUUGUCAAAUUUGAUAUGACUGAGAAGUUGGCGAGUUUGGCAGCGACUCUAGAUGGAAACCUUUAUUUCUAUGGUGAGCUAUUCGAUUGCGAUAAGAUACUGGUCGUUAGACAGGACGUAGGAAAAGACGGCUAUCAAGAUGCACGUACACUCAAGGUUGGAGAUAAUAAGAUAGAAUUGGUCACUCUGAAUUGGCGCACCGGUCAGACACUGAAUAAGCUGGAAUCACCUGGAAAAGGUUGCACUGCACUGGUUAGAGAUAUAUCGAGCAACAUCAUCACUCUUACUCGUGGAAGAGUAAUCCAAGUAUUAGAUAUGGAUACAUUAACUAUCAAAUGGGAAAUAGAAACAGCUGGAAGUGGAUUGAUUAAAGAUCUUCUGUUAACUACCUCCACCAAUGAAUCUGACCAACAAAAAUAUCAGAUAAUUGUACCAUCUUCAAACUCAAUGAUAUAUAUUUAUAAUAAGAUUGGAAACACCGACAGUAAUAGUAGUGGUAGUAGUAGUAGUUAUUCGAUUAAAAGUUCACAUGGUGUUGUCUAUGCAAUGAGAUGGGCAGUUAAGAAUCAGAGGAUAUGGAUAUUCGAUGAAUCAGGACUACACAAUCUAUCGAUAGAGGAGCAGUUCAAAUAUGACAGUAGUAAGGUGGUGUCACCGAUUGCACCUAUAUCACAACAAGAUGUACCACCAUACUAUCAGUUGAAAUUCCAUGAGAUUACAUGUUGUGGUGUUGAUUUCAACGAUGAUGGUUUGAUGGUUGCUUGUGGUGACUUUAUGGGUAAUCUAUUGAUUUGGUCAGUUGCUGACGAUCACAUCGGUGAACAACCUAUUCAAAGUCACAUACUAGGUGUUCCAGUACGUAGUUUAGCAUGGAAUGCCUGUCCAACUCAAACAUUCAUCAUCGUUGGAUUAAUGGAUGGAAGUUUAAUGUACUAUUCACUAGAGACAAAGAAAUCUACAAUGAUUGAUAAUCUUAAUGAUGGAAUAACAGCAAUUCAAUGGUAUAAUAAUAGUAAUAAUAGUAAUUCACCUUUAUUGGCAGUUGGAACAACAGGUGGAAAUCUUUAUAUUUAUAAAUAUGAUGAUUAUGCUAUUUGUGAAGAUGAUGAAAAUGAAAAAGAAGAUGAUGAGGAAGAAGAGGAAGUGGAUGAGGAUGAAAAAGAAAAGAUUAGAAUACAAUGUAAAUUCAAAUUAACGUGGAAGAAACAGGUUCAUCUACCAAAGAAAGGUGAACCACAAGAUUUAAAGUUUGGAUCUAUUAUACACUUUGCAGAGAUUUGGUCGUUAUGUUUUAAUGAUCAAGGUGAUAAGAUUGCGACUUGCUCGGAGGAUCAGACCAUCGCAGUUUGGAUGGUGACAGAUGGCGCAGAAGUAUCUGUGAUGCAAGGACAUACAUUGGCAGUGACUUGUGUAGAUUGGCAUGAUAAUAUUCUAGCGAGCUGUGCUGAUGACCAUACCAUAAGAUUAUGGAACACUACCAACUGGACAGAGAAUCUUAAAUUUCAAACUACAAACGAUGUUGGUGAGUGGCAUACCGUUACUUAUUUAUCAUUGGUGAAAAAGACAAAUAGUAUCAACAACAACAGCAACAACAACAACAGUAAUAAUAUUAAUAGUAAUAACAAUACUGAUAGUAAUCAUGACAACUACAAAAACUAUCAAGUUACAAAAGUAUAUAGUAAGAGAGUACAUUUAGGUUCUAUAGAAGGUUUAAAGUGGAAUAAAAAAAAGAAUAGAAUUGUAUCUUGUUCAAGUGAUUGUUUAAUUCAUGUAUAUAAAUUAUUAAAAUAA